UAUAUAUGAAACGACUUGUCAAGUACGAGAACGCUCGCCUGGAAAACACAUGUGUAGGAAGAAGAAACUGUGUAAAUCACAGUUUCAUGCAGAUUCCCGUAGGCAUCUUUUCAAACGUGUGGAUGUUGGAAUAACAAGCUACAUCCCCCUAAUUAUAUAUUACUGGACUUUCCACAUUUCCCAAAGAAAUUCAGAGCAUUUCAUGGAUCUGACACUUUGGGGAAAGUCACGAAGUAUUAUAGUUUGUUAUUUUUGAACAUCGAUUGAUGAACAGAGUGCCAACGUGAGCAUCCAAAUAGAGGAGAAACAGAGAUUCAUUGCCAAAGGAGUUGAAAUCUCGCUAUCGUUCAGAAGAUGCAGGGUGACCCGGUGUACGACUAUCCUGACUCUCGGCCCGUGGGGGACAGACGGGCAUGUCCACAAAGAGGAUCCUUGAGGAGCAUCAGUGUACUGGACCGGCUCUUGCUGACGCAUCCUGUGUGGCUUCAGCUCUCUGUUAACUCGGCUACAGCUUUACACAUACUGCGACGUGAGCCCCCCGGGACCUUCCUGGUGCGUAAAUCCAGUACAUCACAGAAGAAAAUGCUGUGCGUCCGGCUGGCAGAUGACAGUAUGCCGUCAUUCUUCAAACAGGUUGUUAUCCGAGAAGAGGACUCAGCAUUCUCUUUGGAAAGCUCAGGAAUCAGUUUCCCAGACCUGUGCAGACUCAUUGCCUUCUACUGUGUCAGUCGGGAUGUGCUUCCUUUCACUCUGGAGCUGCCUGAAGCAAUAGCCAAGGCUUCUUCACACAAACAGUUGGAGUCAAUAUCUCAUAUGGGUGUGGAGUUCUGGAGUUCCCACUUAAAUGUCCGGGGUCCUCGUAAUGAACCUCCUGCCGCUGACAAACUCUUGCCCCCAGCUCCAAGCCCAGAAGACUGCUCAACGCCCAUUAACCCAAACCCCACCCCAUUCCAGGAGCUUUGUCCAAUCCAAACACGGAGUCCCUGUGAGCUGAAUUACGGGGGAGGCAAAGGUUUAUGUUUCGUCAACCCCCUCUUCCUACAAGACUACCCUGGUCGCAACGCCAUGCGCAGACGCUAUCAUUUCAAAACCAGCGUAAAGGUUCGAGUCUCCACUGAAAAUUCCAGUUCCCUCUCACCACCUGUCACCCCACCACCUCCACCACCGUUACUGGCUAAAGCCAAAUGCAAAGCGAGAUUAAAAGCUGCAAAACAGAUGACCCCACCUGAUGUAGUUGAGCCUGGUGAGGAAGCUGUCAAGAAGACCGUGCAGGAAGACACAGACUAUAUGCAACCUUGUGUAGUGUCUCAGAAGAAGAGCAUGGUCACCCCUACUCUUUCUCCCACUGCUGAAGACGACUAUCAGAUGCCCAAAGCUCUUCAGAAGGCCCAGCUGACAAUCCUGGAGCAGAAAGGACAGGAGGAAGAUGAGGACGAGGAGGAAGGGCUUGUUCUGGAACAGCGACACGCUCCGUCCCUUAGUGAGCUGGACAGCAGCAGUUCGCUUAGCAGCCUCGACGAGACUGAGGAGAGUCCCGAGCGCCCUCCCCUCGUACGAGGCACUAGCAACCCAGUCACGCCACCUCCCAGGAAGUCCAUGUCCGCCCUACGCAAGAUGAGCGCCGCCUUCAUAUCCUUUUUCGCCCCAGAGAAGCGAGUGGCGCGGAUGGUGGAGGACCUGUCUCGUGACCGCCGGAUGGCGUUUGGCUCUCUAGUUCAAGACUUCCUGAGGCAGCAGAGAGAAGCUUUGAAGCCCCAGUGCUUGACCUCUGCUGUACAGCUGCUGCAGGAUUUGCGUCUCUUCAUCAGUCAAGCCAAAGCGUUCCUUCUGGAGUGUGGAGAGCUUGAACCUCCAAUAGAAACUCUUCUGACUGAGAACGAGAAAGACCAAGCGCUGGAGAAAGCCAUGUUUCGAUGUGUGCUGAAGCCUCUGAAGCCUCAGAUUGAUGCGGCUCUUCAGACCUUGCACAAACAAGAUGGUUCCUUCCAGAGAAUGACGGACAGCUUGCAAAGAGCCAAGCGAGUCUCACCGCAGAAGCUCUUUGGGGUUCAGGUGGGCGUUCCUGACGUCCAGGGCAUUGAGAAAAUCAAGCACAAGUUGACUCUAAUGCAGCGGGCUUAUUCGCCUAUUGACAAAGUGCUGCUACUCCUGCAGAUCUGCAAACUCAUUUACAAAGCCAUGAAAAACAAAUCAGGUCAGGAAUUUGGAGCAGAUGACUUCCUGCCUGCUCUCUCCUACGUGAUGGUGUUGUGCAAUAUGCCGGAGAUCUCUCUGGAGGUGGAGUAUAUGAUGGAGCUUUUGGAAAGCUCUUGGCUUACAGGAGAAGGGGGUUACUAUCUGACAAGUGUCUAUGCCAGUCUGAGUCUGAUUCAGAGUCAGCCAGAGGAUGUGCCACCCAGCGGCCUCACAAACCAGGCCAGAGAGUCUCUGAAAGAAUGGAGUCGGCGUCGGAGCAACGAAACCACAAAUCAGAAAGACAGCAAAUUGCACCAGAAAUUUAUAAAGGUGCUGUUUCAAGAUGGAGACCGUAGCAUGGUGAAAACUCUAAUGUGGAAGACAGCGCUCAACACUGAGGCUAUGGCUCAGCUCUGUGCUUUGAAAUUUGGGGUGGACCGGCCGGAGGAAUAUAGCCUGUUCUGGAGGACAGAUGGGGAGUUAACACCUCUCCCGUCUAACGCCCAGUUUCAAGACCUGCAGAGCAUGGGCUUGAGUGGGGUUCCCCUUAUUUACCAGGCGUCCAACCAGGAUGAAAGGUCCCAGAAGCUGAACAGAGGGGGCGCGGUGGAUCUCACAGAGGAGGCUUCAUAAAAUGAGACUUUUUGUUGGAUGCCAUAUGUAGGUCAAAGCGAUUCUUUAUUUUAUACAGCAUGCCUGGUUUGUCACAUAAAAGCUGAUAAUAUGCUUGUAAUGGAGCUCAAAAAUGAUUCAAGCUGUAUUUCCACUAAAUUAAUUUAAUGUUGACUGCAAGAUUACUCUCUUAAAUGUUCUUUAUUGGCAUCUAUGGUUCCAUGAAGAACCUUCAACAGCCACUAAACCUUUCCACUGCACAAAAUGUUCUUUAUAGUAAAAAAAAAAGGUUCUUUAGAUUGGGAAGCCAAAAUGGAUCUUCCAUGGUAUCGCUGCAAAAUCCCUCUUUUGAAACUUAUUUAUAAGAGUGUAUAAUGUAAGAUGCAAAAUCAGCCUAUUUUUGUGUUCAUUACUGGUAAUUAUGGAUAGUGUUCAGCUGGUGUUGUGUGAGAUUUCAUUGGGCUAAACUAUAAGGCAUUUCCUUUUGUUAUAUUAUUUUUAAUUUUCUUAUAGGUUGGUUAUUAAUGACUGGAUUCAUUACUCCAACUUUUAGUGUUUUUUUUUUUUUCCUUUUAGUCUUUUCUAAUGUAAAAACUGUGUGGGUAAUUAAAUUUCUCAUUGAUGAGAUGGUCAGUAUUGAGUUACUGGAUUUUAUCUUAUUGUUCACCUUGUAUCAUGAUAAUAUUUAUAUGAAUGCACUGUACAAAUGUUUUGGUAUUUUGAAAGUAAACAACAAUACAAUA